CGAGGAGUCCGCGCGGAAAUGUCACUGCGUCACGCAAAAGCUCGUCAACCGGAAGUGGUCAGGGCUGCCCAGAAGGAUGCCCUCUUCCUGGAGGACAUCACCGGGCGGAUCGGGGAACUCCUGGAGACACUGCCCAUCGGCCGACGACAAAGAUUUCCCGAGAAUUUGGCGAAAUACAUCGCUGCGGGUGUUUAUUAUGGACUGAGCACAAUAUCUCGCCUUCAGACGCUCGGCGAAGAGUACACAGGGAUGAUCCAGGUGGACAGCCAAUGCCGAGACUUGCCGCGGAAGAAUGUGCAGAUGCUCACGUACUUGUUGGACGUGGGCGGAGAGGAUUUGAUGAGGUGCUUGCUGCAGAAGAUUGAAACGCAAGUCAUGCACGAAGAGAGUGUGCUUCCUGAAGCCCGAGAGAAGAUUCAAGUGGUGCUGAAGCACUUGAGAGAUUCCCUGCCACACUGGAAGACCGCCCACAGAGCAUGGUUCUACAUUUUCGCCGGGAAGUAUCAUAUUUCAAAGAGACUGACUGGGAUAAAUUACCUUCUGGUCAGAUACUGGAUAAACUCGACUCUGUCCAUGAAUGCCUACAGAUUCCUAGGAAUCAUUACACUCCUCCAGUUGGGAAUAGUCUCACUGCGAGCGAUGAAAAACAUGAAAGAGGACUUGUCCCGAAUUCGUCCGGAGGAUUAUCAAAAACCAAAAGUUUUCGACCAAAAUCUCAUGCAGACGCUGAAGAUGUGCGUUCUUUGUCUGGAGCCGCGGAAGAACACAUCUGCCACGCCUUGCGGUCAUCUCUUCUGCUGGAACUGCAUCAUGGACUCGCUGGAGCAGAAGAGCGUGUGUCCAGUGUGUCGGGAAGCGCUGAAGAAGAGUUCAAUUGUACCUCUGAUGAACUAUUCCUAAUUUUAUGAUAAAUACG